AUGGCAGCCUUUAUCCGCCCCUCCUCCAGUGCGAUCCUGGGACAGAUGAUGCGAGUUCCAGCGACUCAAUCGAUGCUCUACCCGGCAAAGUCGGCGCCUCUUGCUGUUACCAUCGCUCGUCAGGCGCAAUUGAAGGGCCCCAUGGUCCAGAAUACACUUUUCCACAGCUCGGCCAGGAGGGAUCUUCUGAAGGCUUUGCCACAGGUUGUCCAUGGAACAAUGAACGACGCUGCACCUAUCCCACACCACUCUCCUAGCCAUGGCAGCUACCACUGGUCCUUCGAGCGAUUGAUCUCGCUUGCUCUGGUCCCUCUUACCAUCGCUCCUUUCACAGCUGGCUCUCUAAACCCAGUCAUGGACUCGAUCCUUGCUGCUACUAUCGUCGUGCACUCCCAUAUCGGAUUCCAGGCUCUUAUCAUCGACUACCUCCCCGAAAAGCGCGUUCCCAAGACUCUUUCUCUGUUCACCUGGGGACUGCGUGCUGCUACUCUCACCGUGGCUGUGGGCUUGUACGAAUUUGAGACAAACGACGUUGGCAUCACCGAAGCUUUGAAGAGGAUUUGGACGGCAUAA